AGGGCGGCUCUGAGCAGCCCCGGCCCGGGGCCGGCACUGCGAGUCCCGGCAGCCCCCGCGGUCCGGGCGGUGCCGGGAAUGCGGGCGGCCGGCGCAGCCAUGGCGUCCUUCCGCCUCGCUCUUAUCCAGCUUCAUGUAUCUGCUGUUAAAUCAGAUAAUCUCCAGCGAGCCUGUGGACUGGUGAGAGAAGCAUCUGCUAAAGGAGCAAAGCUUGUGGCUCUACCUGAAUGCUUUAAUUCUCCAUAUGGAACCCAAUACUUUAAGGAGUAUGCAGAGAAGAUACCUGGGGAAUCUACACAAAAGCUGUCAGAAGUUGCAAAGGAGUGCAGCAUAUAUCUUAUUGGAGGAUCCAUUCCAGAAGAGGAUGGUGGAAAGCUCUAUAAUACGUGUACUGUCUUUGGGCCUGAUGGUGCUCUGCUGGCAAAGCAUAGGAAGGUCCAUUUGUUUGACAUUAAUGUUCCUGGGAAGAUACAGUUCAAAGAGUCUGAAACACUGAGUCCAGGGAAUAGUUUCUCCAUGUUUGACACACCAUACUGCAAAGUGGGCUUGGGCAUCUGCUAUGAUAUGAGAUUUGCAGAGAUGGCUCAAAUCUACGGCCAGAAAGGUUGCCAGCUGCUGAUAUAUCCUGGGGCUUUUAACAUGACAACAGGACCAGCUCAUUGGGAACUCUUACAAAGGGGACGAGCUGUUGAUAAUCAACUCUACGUAGCUACUGUAUCUCCUGCUAGAGAUGAAAAAGCAUCCUACGUUGCCUGGGGACACAGUACUGUAGUAAAUCCAUGGGGUGAAGUCAUAGCCAAAGCUGGAGCUGAGGAAACAGUUGUAUACACAGAUAUAGAUCUAAAGAAACUUGCAGAAAUACGUCAGCAAAUUCCUAUUUUAAGUCAGAAGCGUUGUGAUCUCUAUGGUGUAGAGAUGAAAAAGUGAAGCUGAGUGAAGAGGGAAGGUUCAGCUGUCACAGUGGCUGUUGCCUUCAUCUUUGGAAGGAUUUCCUUAGUAGUUGCUCCAUAAUUUACUGCCAACUGUGCCAGUUAAGAAACCACCACAUAACAAAAACUUGGUGCAAUUCUAAUAUGGUUGAAAUAUAACUUUUGUAUCUCCUGUCAUACUUAAGUAUUUCAUAGUAUUUUACAGCUAGGAUAAAGAUGGAGAUGAAAUCAGUUCAACACAGCAGUGAUUUACAUUGAUUUUUUUAUGCAUCAUAAUGUUUUAGUUACUUUCUGAGGGCUUUUUUGUAGAACAUAGAAAUGGAAAUGUUGUUCUCUGAAACUCUCUCUCAAAUCAGCUUUGGUAUUAUGAAUUUUUCAGUGAAUCACCAGAAAAAUCUAGAAGCAUGCUUCUUCUCAUUCUGUCCUUAUUAGAGGUACAUGUCUUAACCAAGGUCCUUGAAUGCCCUACUUCUAACUUGAGAAGCUUAAAAUUUAACACACUGAGCAAAACAGGCCAAAUUCUGCUCUGCACUACUUGGGAAACCAGAAGCUGCCAGACAGAGCUGCUCCUAUAGAAGAAUCUGUAACAGCUUUUGGUUCAUGUGUUUUGUGUGGACCUGUGUAUUAAAUUCUCCUUAUGGCAAA